CAACAGUGUACGCGUGGACCGAUUCCAUGAUCACACUCGCAUGGAUAAAAGGUGACGCAAACAAAUGGAAAACCUUCGUGGGAAGUCGAGUGGCACAAAUCACAAGCAUGACCGCAAAAGAACAAUGGAACCAUGUGCGUACUAAUGAUAAUCCUGCAGAUCUGGUAUCGCGAGGAACAACAACAUCCAAAUUAAAAAACAACACGUUAUGGUGGAAUGGACCCAUAUGGCUAAAAACAGAUAAAUGGAAACACAGUACAAGCGAAUAUCCUACAACAGAGGUAGAGAGCAAGAAAACUAUGACAAUAAUAGUGAACAAUAGGAACGAGCUAGCAGAAAGGUUUUCUUCACUAACACAACUAAUUCGAGUGACAGCAUACAUCAUUCGAUUCAUCAAGCAUUGCAAAAAAAUUACAGUAGCUGACGAACAUUUAACAGUAGAAGAACUCAAUACGGCAUUAAAGAAACAUAUACAAGUAACACAACAGAAUACAUAUCCAAGGGAAAUACAAAAGUUAAGUAAGAAAGAACAAGUACACAAGGACAGCAAGUUAGAAUCGCUCAAUCCGUUUCAAGAUGAAGACAGUUUACUUAGGGCAGAUGGGAAAGCAUCAAAAAGGAGUAUUCAUCAACUAAUACCAAUCACGACAGAAGAAGGUAACACCGCAGAAAAAAAUCAAACAGCAACAUCACAACAACACGCAUAUGGAUGCAAUCUGAAAACAUUCGUUAUAAGCAUACUAAUGCUAUUGGUCACAGUAACAGCAGAAUACAAUAUUACAUAUCCAAAGCCAGGUUUCUACAUUGAACACAUGGGAGAAGUUCAAAUUGAAAGAGGUAUAUUCCGAAUCGAUCUACAAUACAACAAAUCACGAAUCAAAGAGGAUAUAAACGCAGCAUUUCUAACGACUAGUAAUUUCAAAGAGUUGUGCAAGAACGCAACAGAAAUGACAGAAAACGUACAAUGUACAGAAUUGGUGCAACAUAUCGAGGAUCAAGAAAAUCAAUUGAGAUGGGUACAAGAGGGAAUCAACUACAUAAGUCAAACUCGUAAAAAAAGAGGUAUCUUGGGGAAUAUAUUAACGGCGAUAUUCGGUGUGAAUGACGAAGUAUACAAGGACAUUGAUGCGUUAAACAAGAAUCAGCAAGAGUUAAUGCGGAAUUCAGAAAGACAAUCCAAAAUAAUGUUGUCUACUAUAUCAAAAUUUAAAGAGACAGAAAACCGCAUAGAGAAGCAAUUAGAGCGCUUCAACACUAAAUUAAAUGAAGCGAUAAAAGCCAUAAACCAGAUGCAGAAAUGGUAUAAAACAAUAGACGAAAACAGACUAAAUAUUCACAUCUUAAGUACAUAUCAAACUAGCAGUGAAUCUAGUAACAGAAGUACACAAUCACUACAGCAAAAUAAGAAACAUCCACUACAACCAAGGGAACUUUCAAGAACUUAUAUCAGAAACCCACAUCAGAAGUAUUAUUACAUCGGCAGAGCAGAAAUUACCAAGCAUCCUCAAGAUUUUACCACAUCCAAUAAUCAAAAGAUCACGGUAUACGUGAUUAUGAAAGUCACCCCAAUUCCUAUAAAAAUUGAAAAUUCUACGUUUUGGACCUUAAAUGUCAAUGAAGAAAUGCUAGCUGUGGACUACAACAAUCAACUAUAUUUCGAAAUAUCAAAUGAAGAAUUCAAAGACUGCCUACAAACAAACAAACACAAUUUUAUAUGUGCUCCCACUAUGGUGAAGAAAAUAGAAGAAAACAAAAAUUGCAUCAUUGACGAAGUCUACAACAGAACAGAAAUUAACCAAUGCAAUAUACAACAACAUGAGAUUCAAGGAUUAAUUUGGAAGCAACUCUAUGCCACCAAUACUUGGAUGUUCAUCACUAAUCAGUCCACACGUAUCGCUAUCUCCUGUAGUGGCGAACGACAGGAAAUCACGAUCAAUGCCACUGGAAUUAUCAGGAUUUCACAAGAUUGCCUGUUGAAAACAAAGAAAAGUAUACUCAAUCCGAAACGGGAUAAAAAGUUAUCAGUACUAGGUAGCUACAUAAAACAGUUUAACAAACCAUAUAAUCAUACAAGGUCAACUCAGCAAAUAACCAAAGUAAUAGAAGAAUCAAUAUUCCAUGCAGAAGACUCUUUUAAACAGCUAAAAGACGAAGAAGAAACUCUUAAUGCAGAUAUUCGAAAUAUCAAAUGGCGGUCCACAACAUCACAGUCCAUUAUUACAAGCACGACAACUACCUUACUCAUUGCAAUUAUCUUGGCACUCGUACUAGGAAUAAGAUUCUACAUCCAGCACAGAAACAAAUCACAUACCAAGGACAACGAUCGCGAAGCAGUUCAGUUAGAACCAUUAUAUUCAACUAUUCCCGGGGAAACACAAAACUAA